AGAUUUUAAAACAUGUCGGUUCUCUGUAUCUUCAAAUGUUCUUUGCAGGAACUGCAGAAUCCAACGUGAUGGGACAUGUCUGGCGUCACAAUUUCCCCCCUGUACCAUCAGCUAUUGUAUUAAUUUUUAAAGGCAGUAGCUGCAGUUGAUGUGUAUGUGGGAACACUGUUUACAAAGGACAAAAAGGCAGAGUGACAGCCAAUAUUGUCCCAGUGAGGCCGCCGUAUGAUUGUUUCUAGUGGCAACAGGCGAAGCUUUGUAUUGUAACCUGCAGUGCAAACGGAUCGUCGACGGAUCAACAGGCGAGCUGGGCAGCAGUGAUUUUGUAGCAGCAUCUGUAUCCGAGGGGUGUUUACAGGGGGAAAAUCAACAUGGCAUCUCCCCACCGAACUCCCAGAGACCUUAAAAAGAUGAUCACCGACACGAAGCAGGAAAUGGAUGACGUGCACACAGCUCUGGAGAAGCUUCGGGGUCUUUCCCAGGACGACAAGACGGAAAGUGCUCUGCUGAGAUCCAGAAUUGACGAGCAAUCCAGCCUGAUCUGCAUUUUAAAGCAGAGAGCCGAUGAAAUGCUGCUGCGGUGCCAGGCGCUGGAGAGGAUCAACAGUGAGCUGGAGACCCUGAGAGAGGACGUGCACAAGGAGCUGGAAAACGAGAGGAAGCGAUCGUCCCAGCUGGAGCAGAGGUUCUUGGAUUUGGCGGCCAACCACCAGGAGUUAAUCAACUUCAAAGACGAGUACAAAAGACAAAACGCAGAGCUGAAGGAGGAGAACGAGAGGCUUCAGCAGGAGAAUGAAAACCUCUUCUGUAAAGAGCUCCAGGAGAAAGAGGAAGUCAUUUUGCAGCUUACCCAGGAAUUAAAAGACCUUGCAGAACAGCACAAGAUCCUAGAGGCUGAAUAUAAGGAAAAGACAAAUGGAUUCCAGACCAAAUUGAAAGAACUGAUCAUAACCCAUCAGACUAAAGAAGCAUCUUUACAGGGUGAAUUACAGGAUACCCAGAAACAAUUAAAAGAUGCUGUGGAAAUGUGCACGGAACUAGACUUGCAACUCAGAAGAGCAAUGGAGAAGGAUGCAUUGGAAGAAUCCCAGCUGCAGCAGAAAUUGGAGGCUCUAGUCAAGGAGAAAGAUGAGCUACUGGAUCUUUCAAUGCAAAGAGGAAGAAUAAUACAGGAUAAACAGAAAGAGAUUCAAGAGUUAGAGGAAAAGAGAGAAGAAGCAGAAAAAGCAAGAGCAACUGCAGAAGAACGGUUUGAGAAAGAAGCAGCAGCUGUGGAGGCAAACCUGAAGGUUCAAGAUCUUCAGCGCUGUCUUGAUGAAUCGGAACAGUCAUACAAUGACCUAAAGAAGGAUUUUGAGGCCUAUAAAAAACACAGCAGUGACCUUCUUGCAAAGGAAAAGGAAUUAAAUGCCAAACUACGCCACAUGAUUGGUUAAAGCUACCAUCAACUGCAUUUAGUGUACUUCUACCCAUGCAUGUUUAACUACUUUUUUUUAAAUAAACCAUAACUAAUUAUU